GUCUUUUUUUUACAACACACGCGGUCGCCUCACACUACACCUCCAGUUUCCCAUGGUGCAUUUCGGUAAUUCAUCUAGCCUCAAACUAUACGUAUUUCUAUGGCCUGAAAGUUAGCUGGCAAAGUGCUUAGCACCCUAUCGCUAACAACAUGAAGGCGGGUCGGGUAACCCCGGUGAUCAAAAGGCAAGAUUUUAACUUGUAAUUAUAGAAGAGAGAUCUCUCCAUAGUCUGUGAAACUGGACACGACGCCUGAUUAAUAAUUUGGCUCUGCAGAAUGUCCAAGAUCAGGCGGAAGGUAACAGUGGAGAAUUCGAAGACCAUAUCUGACAGCAGUACAAGCACCACACCCUCUCGAAGGCCCAGUGUUUUUGAGAGACUCGGCCCCAGUACCGGAGGGAAUGCUGCGGAGACACACUGUAGAAAUUGGUUAAAGACUGGGAACUGCAGUUACGGCAAUACUUGUCGCUAUACACAUGGAACUCAGCCAAGGGGCAAAGGCUUUUCUGGAACGUUUAGCAGGUCAGCAGAGAGGCCCACAGGGGAUCUCCGGGAGAGGAUGAGGAAUAAGAGACAGGAUGCUGAAGCAGAUGCCCAGAAAAGAGACCCAGAAGAGCCUACAUCACCCACAACCAGAAAGCAGCGCGACUCAUCUCGGGGACGGCACCGGGAGAAGGAGGACAUAAAGAUUACCAAGGAGAGAACUCCAGCUAGUGAGGAAGAGCCAGCAGAGUGGGAGGGCACCCGAGAAGACUCUGAUAACGGUGACUACGACUACGAGUUGUCUUUGGAAAUGAAGAGGCAGAAGAUCCAGCGUGAGCUGAUGAAGCUCGAACAAGAGAACUUGGACAAGAGAGAUGAGAUCGUCAUCAAGAAGGAGGAAUCAACCCCUAAGAACAGGCCCAGCAGCAUGUCUAAGGCUUCCCCUGAACGCGGAAGCUCCAAAGGUUCCCCCUCGUCCCGCAAGUCAAGUGGCUCCCCCAAGUACAAGGCGUCAGGGAAGAGCGCAGGCUCUGUGAAGAAGGAGAAGUCGUCUUCCUCUUCCGUGAUCUCCUCUCCGGUGUCCGACCAGACUCGGGCAGAGGAGUCGGAGACUCGGUUCUCUAAGGGGGGUCACGGGAAGAAGAAAGGCCCGCGCACCCCCAGCCCCCCUCCGCCGGUUCCCGUGGAGACCCACGUGGUUGGGAAGAAGCACAAAGGCAAACACAAGAACAAGGACAAGUCUGAGGACCGGUCCAAGGAGGGCAAGGAGAGGGGCCGCGACACGGAGAAGCACAAGGAGAAGAAGGACAAACGGAGGGACCGGUCAGAGAGCUCCCACAAGGCCAAGAGGUCCGUGACGUCAGAUGAGCGGUCUGGAAGCGUUUCCUCGCCCUCCAGAGACGUGUCGCCCCUCGGCAGGAGGAAGUCCUCCUCCCCCAAAGUGUCCUCCCAGAAACCCCCCGCCUCUGCAUCCCCACACCGGUCCCGUCAGCAGCACAGUCCGUCCCCCUCGACGGCGCGCCACCACUCCCCGUCCUCCCACUCGGGCUCGCGCUCGUCCGCCCAGAGACACACGCCUUCCCCACGCCGCCGCAACCGCAGCCCCCCGUCGCCCUCGUACCCGCGGAGCGAGCCGGGCCCCCCCGCCUCCUCCUCCUCCCCUCCGCCCUCGUCCUCCUCCUCCGCCCUGAGGCGCUCGCGCUCACCCCUGACCCCGCGUGGACCCUCGCCUCCGGGCCAGCGCCGGGCCAGCCCCGGCCGACGCCACUCGCAGGGCCGCGAGAGGGGAGGGCGCGGCGAACGAGACAGGAGCCCGCCACCGCAGGAGCGACGCCACGAACGCAGAGAUGAGUCUCGCGGCAGGCGUGAGAAGGAGAGCGGUCGAGACGAGCGGGACUACGAGCCGGAGCAGAGCAGCUCGCGAGACAACAGAGACGACCGCGAUUCCCGCGACAGCCGCGACCGGCGAGACGGCAGGGACCGCCGCGACGGCCGAGACGAACGUCUGCACAGACAGGACGGGAAGGACGCCCGCGGGGACGCGUCCAGGAGCGACGCGCGCUCCACGCGGGACCCGCCCGAGCACAGGGAGCGAGAGCGCGAGAGGGACAGGGAGAGGGAGCGAGACCGCGAGAGGGAGCGCGGCGAAGCGCACCGGAAGGACGACGCCGCCGCCGCCGCCGCCCCAGAGGAUCGUGGGAGUUACGGGAAGGGCCACAGCCGCGAGGAGGGAAGGAGCGAAACGCGGACCGAGGCCAGAUCGGACGCCCGCGCCGAGAGGGGGGGCCGAGGUCGAGGCCGUGGAGCCGAGGCCACAGAUAAAGGUUCAUCUCGAGGCUCGCGAGCAUCACCAGGUGACCGCGGUCAUGACAGCUGGGAGUCCAAGAGCGGCGUUCGCGAGCGGAGUGCAGAGAGAGGCUCGGAGCGCGGAGGCGACAGCAAGGCCACCGACCGAGGUAAUGAGCGGACCACCGAUCGCUAUGGCAACGAGCGGCCGAGAGGCGAGCAGGCCCGAGACUCCUCCUAUGACCGCAGGAGUGGCCAUGCCGACCGCGAGCGCAGGGACAACCGGGACAGAGAGGUGAGGGCGCCCUCCCCUGGCCGACACCAGAGCCGCGGAGAGGAGCCGGAGCGCGAGGAGCGGAGGGACGAGCGCAGGACUGAGAGGGCGGACGAUCGGCGAGACGAACGCCCCCGGGAGCGCGAGCGUGACCGCGAGAGGGAGAGGGAGAAGGAGAAGGAGAAAGAGAAGGAGAAAGAGAGGGAGCGCGAGGCGGAGCGCGAGCGCGAGAGGGUCCGAGAACGGGACCGGGAGAGGGAGAGGGAGCGCGAGAGAGAACGGGAGCGAGAGAGGGAGCGCGAGGAGCGAGAGAGAGAGCGGGAGAGGGAGGAACGCGAGAGGGAGAGGGAGGAGCGAGAGAGGGAGAGGGAGCGGGAGAGGAAGGAGAGAGAACGCGAGCGCGAGCAGAGAGAGAGGGAGCGGCAGAGGGACUGGGAGGAGAGGGAGAAGGGAAGAGAGGAGCGCAGAGAGAGGAGAGACGACACCAGAGAUGACCGCCCCGUCCGAGAUUCUGUCGAGGAGCGCAAGGCCAGUCGUAAGAGACACCGAGUGGAGACCACACCCAGCCCCCGCUCGUCUCCCAAACGUGCCCGCGAGGCCAGCCCUGCGGACAGCGAUGGCUAUAACAGCUCAGAGGAAAAAGGUGAGAAGCACCGCCUGUUGAGCCAGGUGGUCCGCCCUCAAGACCCUCCCCGCUCCCCCCCUCCUCCGCCCCGUGUGCCCGCUGAGGAAAAGCCCUCCCGCUGGAAGGAGGAAGACCGGCGUCCAGACAAGAAGGACGUGCGUGGACGAGCCCACGAAGAGGCCCGCGGAGGCGGCGCCGACCGCCGCGGAGAGCAGGAGGGCGUUUCGGCCCCGUCGGACACCAGGAGGGGCAAGGAGCGAGAGGCCAGUCCCCCCGCCAGCGUCCCCGUUCCGACCGCAGAGGAGCGCGAGCCGCCCGUGGUAGCGGGCCACGAGGAGGGCAAGAAGAAGACCAAAGGCCAGAAGAAAGGCCUGAAGAAGAACCGGCGCGAGGAGGACCGGGCAGGCGGUGUCGCCGGACGUGACGAGCGCUUCAACCCGGAGCCCGUGGUCAGCAACCCGCCUCCUCCCCUGCUCUCCCCGAGGAAGGUGCCCAAGAAGAAAGCGCUGGACAAGAAGCGCAAGCGCUCGCGUGGCGGAGACUCUGACGCCUCGGAGGACGAGCCCGGAGCCGGACACCACCCGCUCAGCAAGCGGUCUCGCCGGGGCCCACGCACGCCACCGCCCAUCAACAAGGAGGACCUGCUGUCCCAGAGGGUCCUGGCGGCCAGCCAGCGCUCGCCCCUGACCCUGCCGCUCAGCGACUGGUCCGACGAGGACGUCCCUGACCGCGGCGAGCCGCCUCCACCUCCCCCCCCGCCUCCUCCACCGCCCCCGGUCCAGCCCAUCCCAGAGCCCAGGACCCUGCUGCCCGCCGAGGCGCUCCCCAGCAGGCGGCUCGGACGGGGCAGGACGGACCCCCCCAUCGCCCCGCUGCUCCCCGACCCCCCCAUGCUGUUGCCCACGCCCCCCCUGCAGCCUCUGCUGCCCCAGCACAUGCUGCGCAAGCCGCUCCUGCCCAACGCGCCGAUGGACGCGCACCCCGCCGGUGUGCGGCCCGGUGUCCUAGGCAACGCGCCCGGCCAACGCUCCUCCCGCCGCCUGCGGUCACCCUCCGGCGAGGCGCACCGAGACGAGAACCCGCAGGUGCCCAGGGCGAGGAGGGGCCGCCCGCCGGUGGGCAACGCAGCCCGGGACCGCGAGCGCGAGAGGGAACGAGAGCGCGAGAGGGAGAGGGAGAGGGAACGCGAGCGCGAACGGGAGAGGGCGGCGGUCGGGGAGUCGGUCGGGGCCGAGAGGAAGUCCCGCAUCGAUCAGCUGAGGAGAGGAGAGCCCAGUCGCAGCACGUCAUCAGAUCGCCAGGACUCCCGAAGCCACAGUUCCCGACGAAGCUCCCCCGAGUCCGAGCGCCAGGCGCGCUCUCGUGCGGGCUCCUACGACAGCCGAGAGCGUGACCGAGACCGCGAGCGCGAUGUCUUCGACCGCAAGGACCCGAGGCAGCCGCCAGGGCCCCCGGGACUCGGGCUGGGUCUCGGUCUGGGCCUGGGUCUGGGCCUGGGUCUGGGCCUCAGUCCGGCCGGGGUCCCCCAGCAGCCCAGGGACUGGGAGCAGGAGCCGCAGAGGGACUGGGCACCCCGCGGCCCCCGAGAGCCGCUGCUGCCCCAUCGGGGCGCCAACCGCGAGCCCAUCCGCGAGCGCGAGCGGGACAACAUGCGGGAGCCUCGGGAGCGCGAGCGCCUGCUGCCCGAGGGACUCCUGUCCGGCGCCGUGCACGAGCGCUUGGAGCGCGAGAGGGAGCGCGAGCGAGCGGAGAGGGAACGCGAACACCGCGAGAGAGAGCGGGAGCAACGCGAGCGCGAGAGGGAGCGCGAGAGGGAGCGCGAGCGGAGCGAACGGGAGAGACUGCUCCCCAUCGACCCCGUGCCGCACGGAGACCCCAAGGGCAGAGGUGACGGACGCAUGGAGCGCGCCGACUACGAGCCCCUGUUGCCACGGGAGACUGUUGCCAUUAAUCCUGACAAGCCAGUGGACAGCGCGCACGCUCAAGCCGAGGCUGCUGAAGAAGAAAAGGGGGACAGCCUUGACGAAGAAGACGAAGGGAAAGGAGAGGACGCCCAGUCGAUCGUCUCUGGAGGUGAAGAGUACGAGCCCAUCAGUGAUGAUGAACUGGACGAGAUUCUUGCAGACAGUGCUCAGAAACGAGAGGACCAGCAGGACGAUGAGAGAGUCCCAGGUCCUCUGGACGUGAUCGACGUGGACUGGUCCAGCCUGAUGCCCAAGCAGAAGCAGGAGCCGCGGGCCCCAGGGGCGGCUCUGCUCAGGUUCACCCCUGGAGCCGUGCUGCUCAGGGCGGGCGUCUCGCGCCGCCUGGCCGGGCCCCAUCUCCUCGCCCGCGUCAAAGAGGUCUGCAAGAGCGAGCUGGACGACCCUAAAGAUGCUGACCGGCUGUUUGAGCAUGACCUGGGCGCUCUCAACAUGGCGGCGCUGAACAGACGCGUGGAGCGGGCCAAUCUCCUGCGCAACCUGGGCUCUGGCUGCAAGGCCCUCAGCGCACGGCGGGACAUCGCCAUCCGCAAGCAGCUGCUGAAGAAUGACAAAGGCACCACCAAGCAGAUGUACACGACCCCCCCAGUGGGAGACUCCGAGCUGCUGCAGCUCAGCGUACGUCUCUUUAAGAAGGCCCUCGCUUCCAGCCAGACGGCUGACCUGGAGCGCGCUCAGACCAGCGCAGCUAGCGCCCCAGGUGCCGCCCCCUCUGGCGCGGUGUGUGUCUCCUAAGAGGAGAGGGGGGGGGGGGAGGGGGCGGCCAUCAGUGAGUAGCAGCAUGACCCUGGCUUACACUCAUCCUCUGCCUACCUGUAACCUACUGUCCACUAGCCUCUGUGCAAAACUCAUAACACUGAAACUGUUGUUAAGUCAGUGGUUGUGUGGAGGAUUGAGAGCGAGUCCACCAUAGAGACUGCGGGAGUUGCAAGCCUAUGGAUGGAUGGAUGAGAUACUGAGUGGAUGGAUUUGUUUAAGGCCACAGUGGGUGAACUCAAUAAAACUGUGGGGAAAUGUUCACAGAAGAGAAUAACUGUUUUGAUGGAAUUGUUUUUUUUAGUGAAGUGGUUUUUUUUUUAAAAAAAAAAGUGGGGAAGAAAAAAAGAAUCCGUGGCAGUUCUUUAUUAACAAUGUCAUUGUACGUUCAUUCCAUCUUUCAUGCAUUGGUGAGUAGAACUGUGCAUUAAAAUGGUUAAAUCUUCA